AUGACGCACAAGAAAUAUCCCGCCUCUCAGCAUGUGCUGAAAACAUUCACCAAGCUUAUCGAGUUGCUACCUGCCGUGGAACAAAACAAGGAGUCGAACUUCUUCUACUUGACAGGAUGCAAAGUCCCAUCGUCCUACGCGCUGCUUACCUUUCAAAGCGGCACAUCUCUCGCAAACAAACCCCCUUCGCAUCUCUUCAUCCCCAAGGCAGAGCUCGCAGAUCUCAUGUGGUCUGUCCCUCCCCCUUCCAUUGCAGAGGCGACCGCGACGCACGAUGUCACCAGUAUCGACCAUCCCGCCGCGCUCCCUGAGGCCAUCCAGGAACAGAUCAAGGCCUUCCCUGGGGCGAUCGUGCACAUCCUCCCCACAUCGUCUCUGUUUCCGAAGAUCCCUGCUCAGUACACCGCUGCUUUUCUAGCUGGAAACGUCAACGUUACUGAGGACUACCUACUUACGGCGGUUCAUCGCGCGCGGUUGACGAAGGACGCAGCAGAGAUUGAGCUCAUCCGCCGCGCGAACCAGAUUAGCUCACGCGCGCAUGAGACCGUCAUGCGCGUUCUCGGGCAGGGUAUCCGUGGCCAAAUCAAGCGUGGCAAGGGUGCAGGCACAGAGCGCCCUCUCCUCCCCGGCGAAUGGCUCAUUGAACGGGAAUAUGAGGCCGAGGCGCUAUUCGUGGCAUCCUGCCGUAGAGAAGGCGCGGAGCACCAGGCGUACUUGCCGAUCGUCGCGGCUUCGACGCGCGCAUCGACGCUUCAUUACUGCUGCAACGAUCGCGAGUUCUCGUGGGGUCCCGUUGGUCCGCACGAUCACCACAACACGAAUGAUCUCGCCCAUGAUCACGAGCGCGUGCUCAACCCGCAGGUGCUACUCAUCGACGCCGGUUGCGAAUGGAGCUGCUACGCUGCUGACAUUACGCGCACCAUGCCCGUGGGCAACGGAGGGAGGUUCACGCCUGAGGCGCGUGCUAUCUACGAACUCGUUCUCGAGAUGCAGCGGCUCUCGAUGGAGGCGCUCAAGCCCGGCCUGCACUGGGACGCAGUGCAGCUGCUCAGCCACCGCACACUCGUCCGUGGCUUCCAGAAGCUCGGGAUCUUCAGGUCGCCGGAAUCUCCCGGGUCCGGCUCGUGGAACUCGGAGGAGGCGAUACUCGCGAGCGGGAUCAGCGCCGCGUUCUUCCCGCACGGGCUCGGGCACUCGCUCGGGCUCGACGUGCACGAUGUCCCGAGCGCGAGCAAGCCCGACGUGAACCCGACCAUCGAGCACCUGCAGCUGGGCCACGAGUCGUUCUACACGUAUCUGCGGCUGAGGCUGCCGCUAGAGGAGGGGAUGGUCGUGACUGUCGAACCCGGCUGCUACUUCUCGCCGCACUUGAUCGCACCUGUGCGCGACUCGAAGCACAUCGACCAAGAGGUCCUCAAGCGGUACGAGAGCGUCGGAGGGGUCCGGAUCGAGGACGUCGUACUCAUCACUAAGGACGGCUAUGAGAAUCUGACGACUGUACGGAGCGACCCCGACUGGCUUGAGCAGGUCUGCGCCGGAGAAAUAUAACAAGUGUGGCGCUGUGUGAUGGAUGCGGAGUCCGAGGAGGCUCUACCUUCGCCUUGUGCGUGUGUGCGAUUUGCAGGUUUCGAUAGCUGUUGUAUGAUUAUGAUAGGACAGCACAAAUGAAUGAAUAUUGCG